AGAGACAGACAGAAAGAGAGAGAUAGACAGAAAGAGAGGGAUAGGUGGGAGGGAAAGAGAGUGAGACAGACAGAAAGAGAGAGAGACAGAAAGAGAGGGAUAGGUGGGAGGGAAAGAGAGCGAGACAGGAGGCAUGAAGGAGAGAGGGAGAGAUAUGAAAGCGAGAGAGAGAGAGAGAGAGGGAGAGAGAGGGAGGUGGGAGGAGUGAGGAGUGAGGGAGAAUUAGAGAGAGAUAUAUGAGCACAUCUCUAACUCUCUGUACCUCCAUUGUGUGUUGCGGCUCUUCACCCGGACACACAGCGCGCGCGCCUGCAGGAUUUUUCUAACUCCAACUUCCGCUCCGGUUUGGUUUCUGUGUUCAUCCUGAGAGUGGAGUUUAAAACACACAUCGCUGUUUAUCCUCAUCCUCAUCCUCAUUAUCACGAGUGCACGUGAUCACCGGUGUCUUUGAUGUUACCUACAGAAAGCUCGGGAGGAGUGUGUUUCACCGUCAGUCAGCACUCAGAAGGAGGCCCGAACGGUAUGAAAACAGAGGAAAACCAGUCAUGUCUGCAGCAGACCCCGUCUUCCACACCUUUUGAGCAUGUGGGCGGAGGUGAGGUGUGUGCAGGGUGCGAGUCGCCCAUCGCUGACCGCUUCCUCUUGCGCGUGAACGAUCAGUCGUGGCACGAGACGUGUGUGAAGUGUGCCGUGUGUCUGAGCACGCUCAGUGGGACGUGCUACUCCCGAGACCGGCUGCUGUACUGCAAACACGACUACGAGAAGCUGUUUGUGCGGAAGUGCAGCGCGUGCCUGCAGGUGAUUGGCCGCUCAGAGCUGAUCAUGCGUGUGCUGGGGCAGGUGUAUCACCUGGGCUGCUUCAGCUGCUGCGAGUGCGAGCGCCGGCUCCAGAGGGGUGACGAGUUUGUGCUCAAGGAAGGUCAGCUGCUCUGCCGUGGAGAUUAUGAGAAGGAGAGAGAGAUGCUCGCCGCCAUCAGCCCCGCCCCCACCGAAUCAGUGAAGAGCGAGGAUGAGGAAGGAGGCAGCAGCUCCAUGGGAGGAAAAGCUGGCGAUGACAGUAAAGAGCACAAGAGGUCCAAGCGGCCGCGCACCAUUUUAACCACGCAGCAGCGCCGCGCCUUCAAGGCGUCCUUCGAGGUGUCCUCCAAACCCUGCCGAAAGGUCAGAGAGACCUUAGCGGCUGAAACCGGGCUGACGGUCCGAGUGGUCCAGGUCUGGUUCCAAAACCAGAGAGCGAAGAUGAAGAAAAUCGCUCGCAGGCAGCAGCAGCAGCAGCAGCAGCAGGAGCAGGAGCAGAUCGGCGGCAGCAGGAGGGGUCCGAGCAGAGGAGGACGACUGAGUAACGACGACAGCGAGGACGGUUCGAGCAGUCACGGCUUAGAUGGCAUGCUCUCGUACUCCUCCAUGCCACGACAGCAGCUCUUGGCUCUCGACCCAAACCUGUACGGGGGAGAGCAGUUCCGGCACGGUCUCACGCCCCCGCAGCUGGGCCCCGAGCAGAUGCACCCGUACGACUCCGAAACCGUUUUCCAUGACUUGGACAGCGAUGGAAGCCUGGGUCACCUCGGCGAUUGUCUCUUGGCGACGGCCGAGGGAGGGGUGCUGGCAGGACGCGUGGGAAAUCCGAUCGACCGCCUGUAUUCGAUGCAAAACUCCUACUUCACCUCGUGACCCCUCUCCACCUCUGACCCCAGACUAACUCCGCCGCAGUCUACAAGAGAAGCAGCAAACAAACAGACAAAGCCUCGCUCAAAGCCCAGCGUGUUUGCCCAACUAAGCCUGCAGGAUCUCUCAUCCCGCAAUCACACACGAGUUUACGUCAGUCACGAUCCUGCAGGAAUACCGCUAUAUAAUGAGUUAAAUAGCAAACAGGAAAUGAUGCGGUUUAGGGUUCGACUAGGAAUAAGAUCAUUGUAGCCUCGUGGCUUAAUUAAUAUUAAUAAAAACCAACACACACACACACACACACAUUUACGUCAUAGGCAUGCUGUAUAUUUGAUUAGGCAGCUGAUCACCAACAUUUUACCUCAUCAUCCAUCUCAAACAGUUAGACAAAAUUCAUUCACCAAUCCGUCAUUUGAAAAAAGACAACACACACACACACACACACACACACAGAAGAUAAACCUUGCAUAGGAAGCCUUGCAUCUAUAUCAUCACACGGACGUAGUCAGAUUAGAACCACAUCACAUUUACAAUGGAGUGCAAAAGUUUGUGCUCCCCCAGGCCCAAAUAAUUCAUAUACAGCAAUAAGACAAGUUAUUAUAGAAACGAAAUGGUCGAAUCUUGUAUUUAAAGAUAUUAAUAGUGUAAAAUGGUGGCUCAUCUCACUUUCUGGUUGUGAUAUAAGGUUUUAACGCCCACGUUUUGCCCUUUUGCCUCCAACUUCUUUCAAGAGCUUUUCAGUUGUCGUAUUUGUCCACGAAUUCCUUUAUUGACUUCUUGUUGUUGUUGUUGUUGUUGUUGUUGGUUUUUUUUUGCUUAUCUGCCCUCUACAAAAAAAAAAAAAAACAGGAAAUGCCACACCCACUUUACCAACCUCAGACCAAUCGAAUCAAAUGUCAAACACCGUUGUGGUAAAAAUGUAACGUCUUUUUCACCACGCUAACAGAUUGGACGCCCCACACGUAUCGGUCCCAUUUGAUCUCACUUCACCUACGGUACGGGUUUCUUUUUUUUCCCCAGCCAGAAACUAUCAUGGGGGGCACAAACUUCUGCACUCAACUGUAUAUAAUGUGGUAUCAUUUUUUUUUAAGGGAAAACAACAAAUCAGACCCAAAGAGCAGUGCUUUUACCGUAUGAUUUCUAGGAAUGAAUGUCAUUUAAUUUUUUAAUUUCUUGUACAUUUUCUCGGAUUAUAUUUACACAUUCUACCCUUUUGUUCUCGCUAUUAUCCUCACGCUAUUACACUUUAAUUACCAGGCCUUUGAUGAUGUAAUUUAGGAGUAUUAGGGACGGGAAAGACUAAACCGAGCAGCACUGCGGAGUCUUAAGGAGUCUCGGUAGGGUUCAGAGAGCAAAGGGAAAGGGUGCAUACCAGAGUGAUUAAGACGAGGCCAACACAAAUCCGCCCGGUGAUACGGGGUCAGGUGGACUUGCGUGGGAUUAAAUGAUUAAAAUACUGGAAUUUUUUUUGCCAUCCAUAAACACGUACACUGCCAGUCAGGAGGUUUCUGGACGCUCUGUGUUAGCAGGUUUGGGUGAAAUGGGUUGAAGAUAAAUACAGAAAUUUUGUGUGUGUGAAUUUUUUUAAUUGUACUUUAUUUGUCUUUUUUUUCAAUCUCGAUCACUCUAACGAGGCACUUGUAGCGCUCCAUAUAUAUCUGGCGUUACCUAGAAUUACAAUUUAGUGUUAUCUAAAAUUGAGAAAUUCUACUUCAUCAAACAAGUGCAGGUUUAGUAAAAGAACUCAAGUAGACAAUGAUUCGAGGUCCUUAAAAAUAAAGAUUUAGUAAUACUACUACUACUACUACUACUAAUAAUAAUAAUAAUAAUAAUAAUAAUAAUUAUAAUACUCUUUAUUUCAUUUUUGGACAUCAAUCUGAAAUGAAAUAAUGAACCUCAAAGAGUUUUACAUGAAAAAAAUGAUGAAACUUAAUUUGACAGUAGUGAAUAAACUGUAAUGAAAAUAUAUAUUUUAUACAAUAUUAAAUAUUAAAUAAUAAAACUAUUAAUUAAUAAUAUUAAAUAAUAAAAAUACAAUAUUUAAAAAAAAAAAAAAAACUUCAAAAACUUGCCUGGCAGUGUAUGUACUUACUUUUACUCUUCUUCUUUUCUCUUCUAGUCUCUUCUCUCCUCCUCCCUUCUCUUCUCUUCUUAUCUCUUCUCCCCUCUUCUCUCCUCUUUUCUUUCCUUUUCCCGUGUGAAAAAAAAUAUCCUUAUUUCCUUCUACCCCAUACAACUUCUUCACCUUCCGGCUCUUUUUCUCUGAGUUGACCUUUGAGUUCAGUUUUACCCGCGUUCCCUUUCUUUCUUUUUAUUUUUCUAAACGUGAUUUUCUCCCCCUAAGUUGCCUGACUAUACUUACAGUCUCUGUCCUUCUCGCUCCUAGUUAAUAAUAAUGACCACAACGUUUACGUCGCACUUUUCUACACCGAGCUUCAGAAAGAAGAAAGCUUUUAAUAACUAGGUGGAAUAUUAAUAAAACGAGACACAGGGUACUUUCGAUGCUUCUGACUAAAGAACUGUUAUUUAAAAAAAAAAAGUUUUAAAAACCCCACCCCUUUGUUCGGGUUUUUCCAAAACCACCACUUCUGAAGGAAAUCAUCUCAGAUGAAACUAAAAUGCUUUAAGGAGAGUUUUGUUGAAUUCUCAUGUCUGAGGUCUAAUGCUUAAGGGUCAGGAGUGGAUCAGGGUCAUCACACUGCCAACAGGGUCUCGCGUUUACAGGGUAGAGGUACAUUAUUACAGCAUCCGCAUCAUCUUUACUACUAGUGUGUAAAAGUAAUGGCGCCCUGGCCGUUCCGGGGGCCGUGUGAUGCUAAAUGUUCUUGUGCUCUAACGUACUGCGCUUAACGUGUUCGUAUCAUGACUAAUAUGGUUGCGAUUAGCACUACUGUCUCUCUUCGUUCCUCUGUAUGAUACUGCUGGAUAUUUUGUAGCUUUCUCCUGCAUGACGGUGUGUACACGUGAGACGUUUCUUAUUUAAAAAAAAAAAAAAAGAAGAAGAAUUUUAUGACAUGUACAGAGCACUUAUUAUUAUUGUUUCAACCCUCUGGACUGCGGAUGUUAUAUGAAGCAGACCGAGUAGCCUGAAGCUGUGAUUGGAUCUGACACCAGGGAUAUUAAGGCCACUGUUCUUGGACCGCUUUGUGAUUCUGGACUCUAUCAGAGUAACUGCUGAAAUGCGACAGAAUUGACGGCACAAUUCUUUUAUUUUAUAUAUUAUUUUUUCUGUUCUGUGAUCUGUUCAAGUGGUUCCUGUGUAUUGUGUUUUCACCUUUACAAUAUAAUCAGUGGUUUCGUUGUCGAAAUGAUCACGUCUCUUUGAUUUCUGAGUC